AUGAGCGGCGCCAACAGCGGCAAGCCCAGCUCCGGCAACUAUCCUCCUCCUGCUCCCGGAGGCCCUCCCGCAGAUAGCCAGGGCAAGCCAGCCCCCAACCAGAUACCUGCCUACAACCCCGCCGCCCCGGCGUUUGCCGCGCCCCCUAGCAGGGCAGACAGCGACAUCUACAAUGCCACCGACGAUGAGGCCCCUCCCCCGAUGCCAACACGUCCCGGCCAUGGCCACCCUGUGACUGGAACAACGGGCACGACUACCGGUCCGGCCGCGGCCGCCCCUGCGGCAACAAAGUCCAAGUUCUCUCUGUCGUCCUUCAGCCAGAAGCUCACUGGAGGCAUUAAUCAACUGGCGAACAAGAUGGGCUCCGAGGGCUUCCUGCCCGACAGUCUUGAUGUGGAAUGCGAGAAGGCUGCGCGGACUCUCAAGGCAUUUUGCAAGGAAGGUCUCGACCCCGAAACCGCCGCUGAAGCCCCUCCCCACACCCUCGAUGUCCCUCCCAACGGCAGACCCACCUCGAGCGGAAGAACGUCGCCCGACCCCAAGGCCGACAAGAAGCGCAAGAGCAGUACUCUAGUGCACAUACCCACCAAGGCCUUCUCUCGUGCUGUGGGCCUUGCCAUCUUCACCAACGCCCGCGCCGCAUAUUUCGUCACGGGCUCCAUCGGCUCUGGCGUGCUCAUCUCGCGCCUUCCCAACGGCGGCUGGUCUGCCCCUGUUGGGAUCCACGUGAGAAUCGGGGGUGUGGGUGCGGCCGCCGGUGCCGACAUUUUCGACUGCGUCGUUAUCUUCAACAACCGCGAGACUCUAGACAGCUUUACUCGUACCGGAUCCAUCACCCUUGGCGGCGGUGGCGUCUCGCUCGCGGCUGGAAAAUGGGGAGCUGGCGGGAAUCUUGACUUUGCCGCGUCUGAUGCCACCGCCAAAGGCAAGGGCAAGGGAAAGGAGGGCGAGGCGGUCGACGGAUCCCACCCAGUCGCUGGAGACAAGCCCGCUGCUGUUGCAGACUCGAAACUCGGGCAGCCCCCUGCCUCGGCCGCUGGCGAUGGCAAACAGAGAUCUCGCUCGCCAUUCCCUGGCUCAGCCGUGGUAUCGUACGUGCGCUCAAGGGGCCUUUACGGUGGCAUCCAGGUCGAUGGCACUGUUCUUUCGGAGCGAAAGGACGGGAACGCGCGCUUCUACAACCAGGAGGGCAUCACUGUUGCACAGAUUCUGAGCAAGGAUGCCGCUGAGCCUGCCGCUGCUGCGGGGACGCAUCCGUGGCAGAAGCAUGCUCAUAUACUCCUUGAAGCCGUCCGCUCUGCUGAGGGCUACCGCGCCGGAAGUGACCCCAACACUCCUCUGGACCCGCCCACAACUCUGAUGAGCAACGUGCGGCUUGGUGGCGACAACUCUGCCGCUGCGCCACCCCCUGCCGCGCCGGUUGGCGACUCGAAGGUCGGCGCGCCCCAGUCUACCUGGACGGCCCCAACCUCUGCCCCACAGGGCGCCAGCAUAAUGCCGGGUGGCGGCGCGUUCCCGCCGCCUCCACCCGGGCCGCCGCCCAACGUGGCCCCAGCCAUGGCCAACUGGAAGGCCGAGGAGGCGGCCAAGGAAACUGCGGCGGCGGCGCAACAGGCUGGCGGCAGCUCAUUUCCCCCGCCGCCCCCUGGCCCUCCGCCCAAUGUCGGCCCCGCCAUGGUGCAGUGGAAGCAAGACGAGGCUGCGAGGGAGGCGGCCGGCAACUCGCAGGCAAAUGCCCCUCCACCUCCAAGCUACUCCCAGUUUGAUACCACACAUUCAGCACCGCCGCCUCCCCAGGCCGGCGGCUCCGGACAGGCCUCCGACUUGCCGCCUGCCUACGUGGACGACGGUGGGCCGAAGCCUGGUGUCGGCGAUUCCAAAACAGGCCGUCAUUGA